CAGAAACCUAGUCCAAGAAUCUAAGGAUCUCUAGUUUGAAUCUCGUCCAUUCUCAAUCUUCAUUGCUCCCGAAGCUAUCAGUAAAUUAAUUUUCCUUUUGGGUUUUGCUUCUUUGGAUGGUCGAAUAAACGGUAUUUUCACAUACUUCUCAACCAUGUCUACCCCUUUGACGCCUUCUAAGAGACCACAUGAUAGGAACCCUUCAGAGACAAAUGGGAAAAGAAAGUUGCAAAAGUCAGGGCAAUCAAAAAUUUUGCCUGGUGGUAUUGUUUUUCGUGUACUAUGUCCUGCAUCUAAAACUGGUAGUGUCAUUGGCAAAGGUGGCACCAUCAUAUCACAAAUUCGUCAAGAAACUGGUGCAAAGGUCAAAGUUGAGGAAGUCAUCCCUGGUUGUGAUGAGAGAGUAGUUGUCAUCAUGGGUUCUGAAUCUUCUGAUAAAGAGGCUGGAGUUAGUAUCGAGCAGGGGAAGGAGGAUGGUGGUGAAGAGGCUAAUGCAGCCAAUCAGAGUGAUGAAGAAAAGGAAAAUGGUGAAAACAAUGAUGAUAAGAUUUCUGAUCCUGUGAAAGAUUUGAAAUCUGUAAAGGAAACUUCAUAUGUGCAGAAGGCCUUGUUACUUGUUUUUGAAAGAAUAAUUGAAGCAGAGCCAGAUUUAGGUGGAGUUGAUGAGGAAACUGUUAAGUCUUUCACGAUGGUUUUAAGGUUACUUGUUCUUUCUAGUCAAGUUGGCUGCCUUUUUGGCAAAGGUGGCAGUGUAAUUAAGCAAAUGUCUGCCGAAAGUGGGGCACAGAUUCGAAUUCUUCCUAGAGACAAACUUCCUCCAUGUGCUACAGCUUCUGAUGAACUAGUUCAGAUCACGGGGGAGGUUGCUGCAGUUAGGAAAGCUCUUCAAUCCAUUUCUCAACAGCUUAUAGAAAAUCCACCUCGGGAUCAUGACUCUUCCCCUCUCAACCCAACAGGGCAGUCAUCCCAUUCAUUUGGUCCUAGGCCUGAAGUUCACCCACCACCAAACCAUUCUUUUAGUUCUCAAGGACCACCUUUUGCUGCAGGGCCACGGGACGUUGAUAUUCAUUCAGCUGUUCCGCCUCUUAUCCCUGGCAGAAUGAUGCCUUCUAUGGAAAUGCUAACAUUCCGGUUAUUGUGUCAUCAUGAAAGAGUAGGUGGUGUUAUCGGAAAGGGAGGAGCAAUAAUUAAGACUCUUCAGCAAGAGACAGGCUGCGAGAUCAAAGUUGUGGAAGGUAUUUCUGAUUCGGAGGACCGCAUAAUUGUCAUAUCUGGUCCAGCGCACCCAGAUGAUAGGAUAUCAGCAGCACAAGAUGCAGUAUUCCGUGUGCAUACCAGGAUAAAUAGGGCUAUACCUGAUAGCAAAGACAAGUCUUUGAUGGCCAGGCUUCUUGUAUCAUCAAAUCAAAUUGGUUGUCUCCUUGGCAAGGGUGGUGCCAUCAUAGCUGAAAUGAGGAAGUCGUCUGGGGCUCAUAUUCGUAUAUUGGGAAAGGAUCAGGUUCCAAAGUGUGCUUCAGAAGGUGAAGAAGUUGUUCAGAUUAAUGGAGAACAUGACACUGUUUGUGAGGCUCUUUUGCAAAUAACAACUAGGCUGCGGCAUCAUUUCUUUCGUGAUGCAUUCCCGUCUAUUAACCAUCCUUCGAAUCCUGCCUUCCUGGAUCAAGGACCCCCAUUCCCUUCAUUUAUGGGAAGGAGGGAAUUUUCACCUCCAGGAUUAGGUCCAUUUCACCAUUUUGAUGCUUUUGGUGGCCCACCUCCACAUGGUGGUUUUCAUCCCCAUGAUGAUCCUCCUUUCAUGCGCAAUAUUCAUCGACCAGGCAUGCCUCCCCAUAUAUCUGAAAGAAAAGCAUGGGCCCCUCAGGGAUUUAUAGGCAUGCCAGAUUUUGCUGGACCUCCCCACCGAAGAAUUUCUGGUUUUGGAGGAGGAAGCCAACCAGCUAUUAUUACAAGCACCACCAUUGAAGUUGUUGUUCCUCGUUCUCUUGUUCCUACAAUAUAUGGAGAAGAUGGUGCAUGUUUGAAACAGAUACGUCAGAUUUCUGAUGCAAAAAUUACAAUUACUGACCCCAAGCCCGCGGCAACAGAAACAGUGAUUAUAAUAUCUGGAACACCGGAACAAACCCAUGCAGCCCAGUCUCUAAUUCAGGCUUUUGUAAUGAGUGAGACAGAAUCUUCGUGAACUAAAUUAAGACUGCCAGGGAUUCUGAUUUCACAGUUUUGUGAGUAUGCCGGUACUUUUUUAAACUAGCUAGGGAUUGAUAUCAUACUUUGUAGAUUAAUUAGUUCCUUCUGUAAAGCAUUCCUCUUUAAUCUCACAUGAGGAAUUACACUAGUGAUCGAUUUGUACUUCGGGUUUUAAAAGUUGAGAAGGAAACUAUUUUGACUUACAUAAACAUUUGGAUUGGAUGAGGCUUCAAUAGACUGUGAUAUGUAAAUACUUUUUAGGCACAUCAUCAAACAUGGUCGCUUGUUUUGUUGCUUUUGAUGUCAAAUAACUGAGGUAAUUGUUAGCUAUAUAUACAGUAGAGAACAUCUGACUUUUU